CAAACGUUACAUUCAAGUAUUAUCUAUCUAUCUAUCUUGCGAGUUGAGAAGGAAAGGAAAAGAAAAGAAAAGAAAAGGGGCGAUCAUCAUUUUGGAUUUUCUCUCUCCUAGGGUUUCUUUAAUUCUUCCUCUGAAUUUCUUUCCUGUCGGUGAAGAUUAGGUUGUAGAAGCUGAAAAGAGCUCGGAGUUUUGUUCGUGAGAUAUUCGAUGAUGGAAUUUCAAUGGGAUUUUUUAGAAUCCCUUGAUCCUGAUGUUUCGAGUAAGAUACUUAUGAGCUUGGAUGAUCCUGCUGAUAUCGUCCGUGCCUGCUCCGUGUCGAGAGCGUGGCGUGAUUUUGUGAUAAGUAAUGGUAUAUGCAAGCAUUUGUGCCUACGACUCUUUCCUAAACUCUCUGGCAUUGUUCGUAUCAUAGAUACGAGCAACAAAGAAGAUGUUGGCUGCAGCCGGUUUGUUGAAUUGGAGCAUUUGAAAAAGGAACACAAAGCGUAUGUUGCUUUAGCCCGGGGUCUUACAUCAUCAGAGGUGGGUGAAUGCCUUUCAAAUGCCAUAAGUGCUUCCAGCACAGAUAAUUAUCCGGAAGAAGGUCUUCACAACACUUUGGAAUCCAGGGAACGAAUUGGACGUAGACCUUCAUACUGGUCAAGCUCAGGACAAAGCAACCCUGAAGUACCCGAGAGACUAACUUAUCAGUUAAUUUCUGACUUUUGUAUAAUUACUGAAAUAAAUGUUCAACCUUUCCAAGCCUUUUUUCAAUCAGAUUCACCUAUAUACUCUGCAAAAGCAGUUCGCUUCCACAUGGGUCACAGAAUAUUGCCUGAUGAUGAUGGAGAUCAAUGUGAUGAAAUUCAUGAAGGCCACGAAUGUGCGGAGAAAAAAUUUGUUUGGACUUACACUUCACAAGAUUUUCCAAUGACACAGGAGAAUCGGCUACAAAAUUUCAAGCUUCCAGAGCCUGUUCUUUGCUUUGGUGGAUAUCUGCAGAUAGAGCUUCUGGGUAGAGUUCAGAGGCAAGAAAUGGAUGGACUCUUCUACAUAUGUGUGGCACAUGUUCAAGUUCUGGGGCGUUCUUUGGACCCUGUUUUCGGGGUUAAAUCUCUUGAUCCAAGUGGAAGAUUUACACUUGUGCACAAUCCUCAGGCCAAGUUCUCUGCCCCUCGUAGCAGUAAUGAGGAAUCUGAUGAAAUCAGUGUAACACCAGAGAUGGUGCAAAGACAUGUUAGAGGUUGGGAGCAGAUUCUAAACAUGUUACGGGGAACUCUAGGGGUUGAAGUAUAUGAUUCUGAGGAUGAGAUCCUCUAUUCGGAAGAUGAGAUGGCUGAGGAGCUUGAGCUUUAAACUUUUAUGUCAAGUGUCACAUUUUUCAUGUUGUACUAGUCAAUCAGUCAUUCCAUCGCAUGCAUCUAAUGACCAUGUAUCUCACAUUGAAGUCAUUUGAUGAUUGAACUCUGGAUGAGAAAGACGAUUUGCCAGUUACUGUUCUUGUUAAAUCGUUUAAUAAGUAUUGUCAAUGUUUCCUGUGCAUUGAGACUGGUCCAUAGCUCUGUAAAUAGCUUCUAACAAGCAAGAAGAGUUCGCUGUUACUUGUAUUACUUGAUGAUUGAGCGAUUUUUCGUGGUUGACUAGUUACUAAUUUGUUAUGAA